AUAAGAAUAUAUCUUCGGAAAAGUGCAUUUUAUACAAUAAGGAGUGGGAAUCGAGAUAUGCCUUGGUCAAUAUUCGUCUCGAUUAAGUUCGUGAUCGUAGAAUCCACAAGAAUGGCGGUGCCGGUUUUGUUUUAGGUUAAAGGAAUCGCGCGCUUGUAAAGUACGGUGCUAUUCUUUUUUAUUAUCCAUAAAUUUGUCGUCUGCCUCGAGCGCGCCGUCUACUAAAAAAAAUUAUGGAUAUUUACGAUCCGGACGAGGAUGCAAUCAAUGACGAGAUUUUUAGAGACCUUGAUCCUGUUAUGUGGACUCACCGUGAAAACAACUAUGACCUGGACGAUAUUAACAUGUUCUUCCACAGAGUUGACUCGGAUCAAAUUAUCUACGAAGAAAAGAAAAAGUGUAAGUAUAUCGGAAAAUACGUUAUGGGUGAUCUUCUCGGCGAAGGCAGCUAUGGUAAAGUCAAGGAAAUGCUGGAUUCUGAAACUCUCUGUCGGAGGGCGGUUAAGAUUUUAAAAAAGAAGAAAUUAAGAAGAAUACCUAAUGGCGAAAUUAAUGUACAAAGAGAAAUACAGCUUCUCAAGGUAUUGAAACAUAAGAAUAUUAUUGGCCUUGUAGACGUCCUUUAUAAUAAUGAAAAGGAGAAAAUGUAUUUAGUAAUGGAAUUUUGUGUCGGUGGACUUCAGGAUAUGUUAGAAAGUACUCCACAUAAAAAAUUUCCAGUUUGGCAAGCGCAUGAUUAUUUUUGUCAAUUAUUGGAUGGUUUAGAAUACCUUCAUAGCAAAAGUAUAGUCCAUAAGGAUAUUAAACCCGGAAAUUUAUUAUUAAUGCUAGAUGGUACUUUGAAAAUCAGUGAUUUUGGUGUUGCGGAGGCCUUAGAUUUAUUUGCAUUAGAUGAUACCUGUACAACUGGUCAGGGUUCACCAGCUUUCCAACCUCCUGAAAUAGCUAAUGGCUGUGAAUCAUUUGCAGGUUUUAAAGUAGAUAUAUGGAGUAGUGGUGUUACAUUGUAUAAUAUAACAACAGGAGUUUAUCCAUUUGAAGGUGACAACAUUUAUAAACUAUAUGAAAAUAUUGGUAGAGGUGAAUACACUAUUCCAUCUGAAGUAGAUGAUAUGUUAAAAUCUCUUUUACAAGGAAUGUUGCAAAAGGAUAUAGAUAAGAGAUUUUCAUUACAACAAAUAAUAUGUAGACCCUCAAAAACAUUGGAGAGGGUACCAAUUCCACCACUAAGAGGAGAUGAAUGGCACACUAUGACUGUUUUACCAUAUCUUAUGGAAAAUCAUUAUGGAGCUGAUAAUAAUCCUACGUAUUAUACAGAACGAGAACUUAAUGAGGAUAGAAAACAUAGUGAAAAGGAGAUGAAAAAUCUUGAACUGAGUCAUCAAAAUAAAUCCAGUAAUCAAGAAAGUGGUAAAUCAAGAUGGCAAAAACCAAUAUCAUGCAUCAAUGUUAAAAAAUUUUCAUCAUGCAAGCCAUCGUGAUUAUAUAUAUUGAUAGACUAUACAAUUUUAUACUCAAAUUUUGAUGAUAGUGACAGCUGUGAGUUAUUUCUGUAUUGAAAAUACAUUCAAAAGUGUCUGAGUAUUAUGUAUAGUUCCAGAAUCUCUAUUGUAAAAAUAAUUAUUAACACACAAAUUUUUAUCCAAAUUUAAGAAAAUCAUAAAUAUUGUAAAUGCUUUUGUGAUAUUCAUGUACAGUAGAUUAAACUAUAAUGCUUCUUUAACUUACAGAAUUUUGUGGA